AUGGCUCCUUUGAAGAGACUCGUGAGCUGCAUCGUGGUGUCCUUGCCUUUGGCAGUUUUGACGCAAGACAGCCAGUGCGCCAUGCAGCUGAGCCACACCGUCCUGAACAACAAGACCAAUAAGUCCGAUGCAGAGGACUUCGUGAAGAAAAUGGUCCAGCAGGUCUUGAGCUACCCUGCGCCAGCAGUCAACUCCGAGGUUUCCGUGAGCCGGCCGCUUCUCUUCAUGCACCAGUACCGGGCGGGCGGCACGACCCUGCGCCAGCUUCUCUACAAUGUCUCCACCAACCUGGGAGUCAAGGCUCACAUUGCUUGCUCUGGCGGUGUGGACUGUCGGGAGUUUCAGAUUCGCGAGGCCAGCUCCGCGGUGUAUGGUGGCCACUUUUGCUGGCAUGAGUCCUUGAAGCACCUGGGCGAGGACAAGAAGCCCUCCUGCCUCACGAAUUUCCGCGAGCCAGAAGCACGCCUCAUGUCCUGCUACACGCAUCGCCUCGUCACCACCAAGAAGGUCGCGCCAUGGUGCAUGGGCAAGUUGGCGCCGGAGAAACUCAAGUCUAUGCUGGUGAACUAUGGCUGCGUCAACGAGCCUUUCCGGAGGCUGGGUCAGUGCGGCCUCAUCUCCAAGGUUGGUGACAAGGACCGCUUGACGCGAAUGCAGGUGUGGAAUGCCACCCUGGAAACUCUGGGGCAAUGUGUUCCCAUUCUUGUCGACGAGCACGACACCUUCAAGGCUGCCGUCAACACCUUCCCGCAGUUCAAGACCGCCUUCUGGGCGCUCAAGAACUUGACUCUGAACCAGAACAAGUAUGCCCAUGACUGCCAGAUCUCCGAUGCCCAUCGCCAG